CAUACUUUUGAUUCUACCAAAAGUUAAAGAAAAAGCUAUGUUUGGUAUGGCUUGCAAAUGUUGUAUAUAAGGAUUAAUGCAUUAUCAUUCUCUAGCACCAAACAAAGCACUACUUAACACCAUUUACUACUAUACACUCCAUACUUUGUUUCAAUGAUUACUUAACACCAUUUACUACUAUACACUCCAUACUUUGUUUCAAUGGCUUAAUAAACUUCCAUGAAGUUUUUGAUGUUCUUUUCCUUUUUCUUCCAUCCAAGCUUUGAAUAGGUAAGAUUCCAUAAAUCCCAUUUCUUUUUUCACUAAAAUUCUUGUUCUAAGUAUGGAGUUUGGUUUGUCUAGUUUCUUGUUGUAUAUGUUAUUAUGCUAUUCUUUUUCUAUGCACAAAGUUUUUGCUUUGAGCUCUGAUGGAGUGGCUCUCCUUUCACUCCUCGAAAAAUGGGAUUCCGCUCCCUCUUCCUUGAUUUCGAGCUGGAAUCAUUCUGAUUCCACUCCUUGUUCAUGGCUAGGAAUUGAAUGUGACAAUACUCACCAUGUCAAAACCUUAAGCCUCUCUAGCUAUGGAAUUUCAGGCCAUAUUGGACCUGAAAUAGGCCAAUUAAGAAGUUUGAAGACUCUUGAAUUGAGUUCAAACUACUUAUAUGGCUCAAUCCCACAAGAAUUGGGAUAUUGUACUCUUCUAGAGAAUUUACUCUUAGCUCAUAACAAACUCAAUGGAGUGAUACCAAUUAGCCUAAAACACUUACAAAACCUAAGAGUCCUUGACUUGUAUAACAAUUCUCUAAAUGGGAAUAUACCUAAAUCUUUGUUCCAAAUUCCAACCAUAGAAGAAGUGUAUUUAGGCCUUAACAACUUAAGUGGUUCAAUCCCUUCAAAUGUUGGGAUCAUGACAAAUCUUGUAGUGUUGUUCUUAGAAAACAAUAAGCUAUUCGGGGCGAUUCCUUCGAGUAUAGGAAACUUGAGUAAAUUGCAAAUAGUUUAUCUUCAAAACAACCAAUUGACAGGAUUUUUACCUGAGAGCUUUAGCAAACUUAGUAGCCUUACUGAUUUGAAUGUUGCCAAUAAUCUUCUUGAGGGUAGAAUUCCUUGGGGAUUAAGUAACUGCAAGAAUUUGAGUUAUGUUGACUUGUCAUUGAAUAGUUUAAGUAGUGAGAUUCCUCCAAGUUUGGGAAAUUGCACUAGUUUGACACAAUUUUCAGUUGUUCAUAAUAAUCUAGUUGGGAAUAUUCCAUCUUCAUUUGGGAAAUUAGUUAAGUUAGAAGAGCUUUACUUAGCUGAGAAUCAAUUAAGUGGGAAAAUACCAUCUGAGCUUGGAAAUUGUAAGUCAUUGAAAAUGAUUCAAUUGUAUCAAAACCAACUUGUUGGGGAAAUUCCCAAUGAGUUGGGGUUCUUAACCGAGUUACAAGACCUCGAAUUGUUUGAAAAUCGUUUGAGCGGGGAAAUACCGGUUAGUGUAUGGAAGAUUCAGAGUCUUCAGCAAAUACUUGUGUAUAACAAUAGUCUUAGUGGUGAGUUACCUUUGGAGAUGAGUGAGUUAAGGAAACUACAAAAUGUUUCAUUGUAUAACAACCAAUUCUUUGGUAGUUUGCCUCAAAAUUUGGGAGUGAACAGCAAGUUGUUGCAAUUAGACUUUACUAGUAACAACUUCAGUGGUGAAAUCCCUCCAAAUCUUUGCUAUGGAAAGAAAUUGAAGAAGCUUUUGUUGGGUUUUAACCAACUUGAAGGUAACAUACCUUCACAAUUGGGAAGAUGUUCAACUUUAGAGAGAUUGAUUCUCAAACACAACAAGCUCACUAGGGUUCUUCCCGAGUUUGUAGAAAACUCGAGGCUUUCAUACAUGGACAUCAGCGCGAACAAGCUUGGUGGAGAAAUUCCACCAAGCUUGGGAAAUUGUUCCAACAUAACAUUGGUUAACUUGUCAUGGAACAAGUUAACAGGAUUCAUUCCCUCAGAGCUUGGUAAACUCGCGCAUCUUCAAAGUUUGAUUCUUUCUCACAACAACUUAGUUGGUUCUUUGCCAUCUCAACUAUCAAAUUGCACCCAAAUAGGUGUGUUUGAUGUUGGUUUCAAUUCCUUGAACGGUUUAAUUCCCUCGAGUUUAACAAGCUUGACAUGUUUAACCACUUUAAUCUUGAGUGAAAACCGCUUCACCGGGGGUGUUCCAAGCUUCUUGUUCGAGUUUGAAAAGCUCUCAGUGUUGGAACUUGGUGGCAAUCUUCUUGGUGGAGAGAUUCCAACAUCAAUUGGAGAAUUUGAGAAUCCAUUUUAUUUGCUAAACCUCAGCAAUAAUGGAUUGAUUGGGAAGAUUCCAUCAGAAAUGGGAAAAAUCAAGCUAGAAAAGUUGGAUAUUUCUCACAACAACUUGAUAGGAAGCUUAGCGACUCUUGGUAACAUAACAACAUUGUUGGAGAUCAAUAUCUCAUACAAUGAUUUCAAUGGUGUUGUACCAAAAACACUAUUGAAAUUGUUGUACUCAUCCACAUUGGUUCAGGGUAAUCCUAGCCUCUACUUACCAUGUAGUAAAGACAACAUGUUAAAGCCUUGUGAUUAUGCACCAAGCAAAAGAAAUGUCUCAAGAAGAUUGAGAUUUGCUAUGAUCAUACUUGGAACACUUGUUCUUGUUAUUUUCGGGUUGGUUUGUGUGAUUUUCUUUUCUAGAAGAUCGAAACGGGAAAUGAGCUUCUCUUUAGAGGAAGGGCCAUCUUCCUUGCUCGAAAAAGUGGUGGAAGCAACAGAGAAUUUUAGUGACCGGUAUGUCAUAGGGGAAGGAUCUCAUGGAAUUGUUUACAAAGCCACAUUAAGUCCUAAUGAAGUUUUUGCUGUAAAGAAACUUGUGAAUGUGGGGAACAAACAAGGGCGAAUCGGUAUGAUUAGAGAAAUCGAAACACUUGGGAAGAUCAAGCAUCGAAAUUUGGUUAAGUUGAAAGAUUUUUGGUUGAGAAAAGACUAUGGUUUAAUCUUGUACAAUUACAUGGAAAAUGGUAGCCUUCAUGAUGUUCUACAUGAAAUGAAUCCACUACCAAUUCUAGAGUGGAGUAUUCGAUAUAACAUAGCACUUGGAAUUGCACAUGGAUUGGCCUAUCUCCAUUUUGAUUGUGAUCCUACAAUAGUUCAUAGAGACAUCAAACCGAAGAACAUACUCUUGGAUUUUGAGAUGGAACCUCAUAUCGCUGAUUUCGGUAUUGCCAAACUUCUAGAUGAGUCUUCUUCAAUGUCAUCUAGUGCAAUAGUUGGUACCACCGGAUUCAUUGCACCAGAAAAUGCAUUUGCAACAACUAGGAGCACAGAAGCAGAUGUGUACAGUUAUGGAGUAGUUUUGCUCGAGUUGAUAACUAGAAAACAAGCUGUGGAUACUUCAUUUAUGGAGGAAACUGAUAUUGUGAGUUGGGUUAGGUUGUUAUGGAGCAAAGGAGCUGAAAUCAAUGAGAUAGUUGAUUUAAGUCUUGAAAGAGAACUGUCUAAUUUGACUGUUAAAGAACAAAUUAUUGAAGUUCUUCAAGUGGCCUUGAGAUGUACUGUGGAUGAUCCAAAGAAAAGACCAACAAUGAGAGAUGUUGUUAAGCAAUUAUUAGAUGUUAAUCCUCGUCUUAAUUCACAACUUAACAAGCUAAUUCAAUAGACAUUGAAGUCUAAUUUUGUAAAAUUUAUAUGUUACAUUUUAGUAUAAGUAAGGUUGACUUUAGGCAUAAGCAAGCUAAGCGCAUGUUUGGUGCCCUAAUUCCCAAAAGGACUCCAACCCAAUAAGUUGGAUAAAGAUUAAGGAUUGUUCCAUCAUAGGUUUGUUGUACUAGGUUGUUCUAUUUGUAAGAUUUAUAUAUCUUCAAUUGAUAAAUUAUCCUCAA